UCUUCAUCUCAUUCAACCAUUUGUUUAUCUGGCUCCCUGUAACAUACAUUUUUUAUUUAUAUACAUAUAUUUUUUUAAUUAUUUUUUUGGGGGGGAGGAAGUUCAAAUACUCUUUGGACAUAAAGAGUUAUUGAUACAAUGCCAGAACCGACCAAGAAUACAGGUACGACUGUCACCGAACACAAGUCAGUUCAUGUCGCUGGUGGCAGUCGAACAGAAAUUACAACACAGACAGUCAAAACUGAGGUGAAAAUUCAACAUGAUGGCAAAGACGUCAAAAGUGAAAAAACGGUUACUCAAACAGAACACACAAAGCGCACCAUCAUUGUUGACAAUAAUGUAACACAAGAGGACUUCUCUGUGAGCGGGGUGACAAAGAUAAAAGGCGGCGCUAAAGAAGAGGGAAAAGCUGCAGAGAUCAAUAUAGUGCCUCCGCCAUCCAUCGUAGCAGAAACUAAAGAGAAAGACGAUACACCUGAAAAGGUGAAAGAAGAGCCCAAACCAAAAGAAGAUACACCUGAAAAGGUGAAAGAGGAGCCCAAACUAAAAGAAGAAGCACCUGAAAAAGCGAAAGAGGAGACCAAACCAAAAGAGGAUACGCCUGCAAAGGUGAAAGAGGAGACCAAACCAAAAGAGGAUACGCCUGCAAAGGUGAAAGAUGAAGAUGAGUCCUCUUCAGUUAGUACACCACCUCCAGAUGAAAUUGCUCGAUCUAUGGCAAGGAAAGAUUCUGAUGCACAGCCUGAAAAUGCUAAUAAGUCCACGUUGUUUAUUGAGAAACCGAACAGUGGAUCAGUCAAUGUCGGGGGCGAUAUUAAGUUCAUUGCAAAAGUUGAAGCAAAAGAUCUUCUUCGUAAGCCUGUUGUAAAAUGGAUGAAAGGCAAAUGGAUGGAUUUAGCAAGUAAAGCUGGUAAACAUCUUCAGUUGAAGGAUACAUUCGACCGUAUUAACAAGAUUUAUACGUUUGAAAUGCAUAUAAUAAAAGCAAAGGAAAACUACGCUGGAAACUACAGAUGUGAAGUGACAUUCAAAGAUAAAUGUGACAGCUGUUCAUUUGAUCUUGAAGUCGCUGCUGCCGCAGAUGCUUCUCAAGCUCUCGACAUCCGAUCUGCUUUCAAGAGGAGUGGUGAAGGACAAGAGGAUGCAGGGGAGCUUGACUUUAGUGGUCUCUUGAAACGUAGAGAGGUUAAACCUGAAGAAGGUCCAGAGAUAGAUGUGUGGGAAAUUCUUAAGAAUGCUAGCCCGAACGAGUAUGAGAAGAUUGCAUUUCAGUAUGGAAUCACUGACCUCAGGGGUAUGCUGAAGAGGUUGAAACGCAUGCGCAGGGAAGAAAAGAAAAGUGAAGCAUUUUCCAAGAAACUGGAUCCAGCUUAUCAGAUUGACAAAGGUGGUCGGGUGAAGUUUGUGGUAGAACUUGCUGAUCCAACAGUUGAACUGAAAUGGUACAAAAAUGGUCAGGAGAUCCGUCCCAGCACGAAGUAUAUAUUUGAGCACAAAGGAAACCAGAGGAUACUUUUUAUCAAUAAUUGUACAUUAGCUGAUGACGCAGCCUAUCAAGUGUGCGCGGGAGAUGAAAAGUGUUCAACUGAGCUGUUUGUAAGGGAGCCACCUGUGUUGGUUACAAAAGAACUGGAAAAUGUUAGUACAUACUGUGGAGAAAGAGUGGAAAUGGAGUGUGAAGUUUCCGAUGCCGAAGCAAAUGUGAAAUGGUUUAAGAAUGGUGUUGAAAUUACUAAUGAGCCAAGAUCACGGUACAGGCUGAAGGUGGAUGGUAAAAAGCAUACCUUGAUUAUAGAUGAAGUGGACAGAGGGGAUUCUGCUACGUACUCAGUAAUGACCACAGGCGGACAGUCGGCGGCACAGCUGCAGGUUGAUUUGCGACCUCUAAAGAUUUUACAGCCAUUGACUGAUAUGACUGUGAAUCUUGGCAAGGAAAUUAAUCUGAAGUGUGAAAUCUCCGAAAACGUACCAGGGAGAUGGUACAGGAAUGGACAGCUUAUUCAUGGCAGUGAUCGAGUACAGUUAUAUCAUAAAGGAAGGAUUCACAGAUUAGAUAUACAAAAUGCUUUAGUUGAAGAUGAAGGAGAUUAUUCGUUUGUUCCAGAUCUGUAUCUAACUAAUAUUCCUUGCAACAUCCAUGUCAUUGAUCCUCCUCGAAUCCACUUUGAUUCACUUAACUAUCCUGAUAAUACAGUGGUUGUUGUAGCUGGAACAAAGCUACGACUUGAGGUUCCAGUUACUGGAGAACCAGCUCCAAAAAUUAUUUGGAGUAGAGGAGAUAAGUGGAUCACAGAUUUGAGUGGUCGCGUACGGGCAGAGUCUUACCCCGAUCAUGGCCUUUUGGUCAUUGACUCAGCAGAGAAGGAAGACACUGGCACAUACAGGAUUAUGGUAAAGAACGAAGCAGGUGAAGCUGUUGCUCAUAUCAAAAUAAAGGUUGUAGAUAUCCCUGAUGCUCCUCAGGCUCCUGAAGUAACAGAGGUAGGAGAAGACUGGUGUAGUAUGAAAUGGGAUCCCCCAUUAUAUGACGGAGGAUUACCUAUACUUGGCUACUUCAUUGAAAGGAAAAAGAAGCAGAGCUCCAGAUGGAUGAGGUUGAACUUUGACCUAUGCAAAGAAACAAAUUUUGAACCCAAAAAAAUGAUUGAAGGUGUGGCAUAUGAAGUGCGAGUAUUUGCUGUUAAUUCAAUAGGAAUUUCUAAACCCAGCGAGCCAUCGAAGCCUUUCGUCCCAUUAGCUGUAACAAGUGCGCCUACAAUGCUAUCUGUAGAUGGGGUCACUGAUACCAGUGUCACGUUGAAGUGGAGGCCUCCGGAUCACAUUGGGGCAGCUGGCUUAGAUGGAUAUGUCAUUGAAUAUUGUUUUGAAGGAGGAGGAGAUGAGAAGCACGAGAAGCCUGAUUUUACUGUGCAGGAAUUGGAGAUGUUAGUAGAAGGUGUCUCCAAACAUGGGCCACAACUUUGCGGUGGUUUAUCUUCCAAAACCACCAAGGCAGAGAAAAGUAAGAUAUGGGCAGACAUCCAAGCAAAACUCAAUGCCGUAGGGGGGCAUAACAGAUCUGUUGCAGACAUAAAAAAGCGAUGGAAUAAUCUCAAAAAAGAUACCAAAGAUAAGUUGGUGCAAAUUAAAGAGGAUGUCCCAGCUGAAAAAGAGGGAGAACCGACAACUCCUGCUAAAGACCUGUCUCCCUUGGAGAAAAGAGUGGAGGCCUUGUUACAACUUGAGGAUUUGGAGGGAACUCCUAUUAUUGAUGAUGAUCUUGACGAUGAUGUAACUGGAGGAGGACAACAGAAGCCAAACUUUGCUGAUGAAGAGUUGAAUGCUUUAGUGGAUAAUAUUGGCAAGCUCGGGCCCCAGCUUUUUGGCACUCAAACCAGUGCAGCAGAUAAGGAUAAGAUAUGGGCAGACAUCCAAAAACAAAUAAAUGCUGUGGGGGGCAAUAACAGGUCUAUAGCGGAGAUUAAGAAAGAGUGGAAUAAGCUGAAAAAACAGACAAAGAAAAAGAUGGACCAUAACAAAACGCAAAUAUUACUGCAAAAUGAAGGAGAUCUCGUUGAUUUAACGCCCAUAGAGAAGCGUGUGGAGGUUAUAUUGCAAAACAAAGACAUUGACUCAGAGGACUUCCAGGAGGAACCUGAAGAAGCUGAGGAAUGGAUAGUAGCAAACCCAGAUCUGACAGAUAAAACCAGGUUCACAAUUAAUGGACUCCCUACUGGUUCCAAGAUCUUUGUACGAAUUAAAGCAGUCAAUGCAGCUGGCUCUAGUGAACCUAGACUACACCCUCAGCCUAUUUUAGUCAAAGAGGUUAUAGUACCGCCAAAGAUUCGCCUCCCUCGUCAUUUAAAACAAACAUACAUCCGAAAAGUAGGAGAAGCUGUGAACCUAGUUAUACCUUUCCAGGGAAAGCCAAGGCCAAAAGUGUCUUGGAAAAAGAAUGGGUCACAUGUGGAUAAAACACAAAUAAGUAUUCGCAACAGUGAAAGUGACACGAUCCUUUUCAUACGGAAAGCAGAGAGAAGCCAUUCUGGCAAAUAUGACAUGAAAGUAAAAGUGGAAAAUCUCCAAGACAAGGCUUCCAUUUACAUUCAGAUUGUUGAUCGACCUGGACCACCUCAUGUAGUGGUGAUUGAGGAUGUCUGGGGAGAAAAUGUAGCUCUGGAGUGGAAGCCCCCAGCUGACAAUGGCAAUGCUGCUAUCACAGGAUACACAAUACAAAAGGCUGACAAGAAAACAAUGGAAUGGUUCACAGUAUUGGAGCAUUACCACAGAACCAGUGCCACCAUCUCAGAUCUAGUCAUAGGAAACGAAUACUACUUCCGAGUAUACUCUGAAAAUAUGUGCGGCCUCAGUGAGGCGGCAACCAGGACUCUAAACAGUGCACUUAUUGAGAAGGAAGGUAAACCGUACAAACGCCCUGACUACCAAGACUUUGAUUUUACAGAAGCACCACAGUUUACCCAUCCUCUAAUUAAUACCGUAGCCAUUGCUGGAUACAAUGCUACUCUAAACUGCAGUGUCAGAGGAAACCCCAAGCCUAAAAUAACUUGGAUGAAGAACAAAAUGAUAAUAGAGAACGACCCCCGAUUCAGAAUGUUUAGUAAUCAGAGUGUAUGUACCCUGGAGAUUCGUAAACCCAGCCCCUAUGAUGGAGGCACCUAUACCUGCAAAGCCGUCAAUAGCCUGGGAGAGGCUGAGGUUGAUUGUAAGCUAGAAGUGAAAGGUGGGCUCACAUUUUUUCGCCUUCUGAUGCAAGGUGUGCCUUUGUCUGUUAUUGAUUCUUACCUGCGGGAGCUGAAAGAGAGCAAGCAAGAGAGAACAUAAGUCCAGAAGAAAGCCGCUUUUACUUUUGAAGCAGAAUCCAUCAGUGUUUCAGUUUGCGAUCAUGAAAUUGUGUCUGUAUCAUGUAGUUAUAUUCUGUACUGCUAUUUUCUUUCUUGUCUGAUAAAUAUAAAGAUUCAUGCAUGAGUUGCUUUGAAAGAGAGAGAGAGCGAGAGUGAUAAAAUUCAGCCAUAAAGGUUGUAUGUUUUAUUUUAUUUUUAUUUUAUUUUUUUUGGUUUGGCUUGGGACUUUUAACCCUUUCAGUGCCAGAUUGCAUGACUGCAUUACCUGUCUGUCACUCAAAUACAUUGUCAUUUCGUAGAGUCAAGUUGGAUCCACGGCCAUCCAUCUAUUUUGAGCCUUUAUCUUUCUAACUUGUGAUUCGAUCGCAAAAAUGCAAUGGCUGUUUGACUUCAAACUCAUUUAGAACCAUUUAGUGAUAUCAAUUCAUGAUAAUAAGAUCAUUCAAUUUUCCCAUUGUCAGAAGCUUAGUGCUACUCUCUUAUGCUGUUUCCUAACUAGUAAAUCAAUGUUUACGUAUUCGCAUAUAGAUAGGGUUUAUCUUUAAAAUUACUGGACAGUACCAUCCAAUAUAGGCCUUCUGUGAUCUCUAGCAAGUAACGAGAUGCCAAGCCACCUGGCAUUGACAUAUUUUUAGAAUGAGCACUGGUCAAUAUGUAGACAUACAGCAGCUGAAUGCUUGAUUUGGUAUUUGGUUUCAUUAAAAAAGAGUUGUGAUGAUGCAAACACCUACCUUGCAAUGAAGAAUAGAGUUGUACAUCAAUGGAGCUUAUAAGAAAUGUGACAUCACAUUAAAAUCAUGCUACUACUAUAAGCUUUUUUUUCAAGGAUCAAGGAUUUAAUUGCUAAAUUGGAAAUCAGUAGCUUCAUUUUGCCAGCUUUUGAUCUGCUGCAGAACAUUGUGUAUUUUAACUGAUGUACAAUAAACAAGAAAGUGUUUUACACAA